AUGAUUAAACAUAACACAAAUUAUUAUGAAAGGAAAGAAGUAAUUAAAAGGAAUAUAGAUGAAGCUCGAUUAAAGCUAUUUAACAGUAUACCUAAACUUUCGUUAUUUCAUUUAAAUAAUAUAGAAUAUAAAAAUGGAGAAAUAAAAGAAUGUAAACAAGUUGAAGGUGUAAAAAAAAAAAAAAAACUUUUAGAUAAAACUAAAUUAAAUAAAAAAAAAAAUAAUGUACAAAAAGACGAAAAGGAUAUAAAAUAUUUCAUUACAAAUAAUAAAAAAUGUACAGUUUUAAAUAAAACAAUAAAUCGUUAUAAUCCUGAUAAUACACAAAAUAAAGUAAAAAAAAAAACUCCAUUAACUUGUAUGGAUAUAAAUAAUUCUGAAAAUUGGAAUAAUAAUAAUAAUAGUUGGGUAGGAGAAGAAAAUUGUUUAAGUCGUAAUUAUAAAAUGGAUAUAGAUAAUUCUCCAAUCGAAAAAAAAACAAAUUUAUUUGAUGAAAUUUGUUUUGUGAAAAAAAAAGUUAAGAUAAACAAAAUCAAAAAGAAUGAACCAAUGGGUGUCUAUAAAAAGGAGUAUACAAUUCAUCAAAAAUACAAUAAAGAAAUUAGUAGAAAAAAUAAAGAUGUUAUUAAAAAUAUAUACAGUAAUAAUAAAUAUUCAGAUUUAUCAAAAUUAAGGAAAAAUGUUUUAGACAAAUUAAAUAAUACUGAUAAAAAAAACGAUCAGUUAUUCACACUUUCUUUAAAUGUAAAGAAUAAUAAAAAAAAUAAAUUGAAUUAUAUUGAUAUAAAGGAAAAGAAUGAUAAUAAUAAUAAUAAAUAUCAAUCUCAUAUUAAUAAACCAAAUGGUACUCGUACAAAUAAAGGCGUUGUGAAAAUCAACAAAAUCAAUAAAACUGAUAAAUUGUAUAGUGAUAAUAGUAAUGUAGAAAUUAAAAAAAAUGCCAAAAUUAGUUGCACUUGUAAUAGGGAAGGAAUCAAAAUCCUCAACCAGUUUUGUUCUGAAAAAAAUAAUAAAAGUAAUAAAGAAAAUAAGCAUUUAGCUAGCUGUGGCAUUAAAGGAAAAAAAAAAAAUAUAAUAAUAAUAAAACAAAAUAUUGUUGUAAGUGAAAAGGAAUAUUUAAAGAAGGAUAAUUUAAAAAUUAUGCCAAAAGAAGUGAAAAGUAUAAAAAAAGAAACAGAUAGAAUGCUUUCAUUACAAAAAUUAACACAUUGUAGUAAAAAUAAAAGUGCGAAUAUCAAUGAAAAAAAAAAAGAAAAAAAAAUACGAAAUGAUGCAUUAUGUCAUUCCAUAAAAAACAAAAGAAAUGAGCUUGUUACUCAAUUGAGAAAUAAAACGAUGUCAAUCAAAUAUAGUAUGGAAGAAAAAGCAUAUAAACCCAUCAGUAUUAUAUCAAAUAUAACUACCAAAUUAAAUGAUGAUAUUUGUGAUGGGGAAAAUAUGUCCAAUAAAAAGAAAAUUCAAAAAACAAGCAAAAUUUGUUUAGGAUGGAAAAGGGAUAAUAAAAACAUGGACAUAUUUUCGUAUAGCAGUGAAACUGAGCAAUUUGAGGAAACGUAUAGAAGCAGAAAUGAAAAAAUAGACAGAAUUGUAAAAGAUGAGUUUCUAAAAAAUGUGGAUAAUGAAUUAAAAGACAACAAAAUGAAUUCCAAAAAUUUUCUUUGGGAAAAAAACAAUCUACCAAAUAAAUAUGUAGAUAAAAAAUAUAUAAAUGAAGAGGAAAGUAAUUCUAUAAAUAGUAAUAAUAUAUUGAAAAAAAAAAGAUCAAAAAGUUUAAAUAGUAUAAAUGAAAUAUCCCCUUUCAAUUCUAUACUAGUUACAAAUGAUCUUAGAAUAAAAAUGUGUUACAGCAAUAAUUAUAUAGAUAUAAAAAAAGUAAUACAUGAUGAUAUUAUUAAAAAUAAAGAUCGAAAUAAAAAAAUGUCUAUAUCAAUAAAUAAUUAUAAUAUAUUAAAUUCGAGUGAUGAUUUAUUUUUAAUUUCAAUGGAUUCUGAAAAAACAAGAUCAAGCUAUACUUUACCAAAAAAAAAAAAUUCACAUACAGCCAUAAAUAAUACUAGCAAUUUAGCAUUUAAUCACAAUUUUAAUAAUGAAGAAACAAAUUUUGAUCUAGAACUUGGAAAUGAUUUCUCAAAUAAUUUGUUAUUCAAAAGGGAUUUGUGUAUAUGUGAUAAUAAUAUUAUAUGUAAGUAUUGUAACUAUAAAAUUCAAAGCAAAUCAGUUUAUAAUAAACAACCAUUUAAUAGCAUAAAAUUAACUAAUCCUAAUAAAAUAGAAGUAUGGAAUGAUGAAAUGAUGGAUUCUAUAUUUUAUCCUGAAAAUAAAAUAGAAAAUGAAAAAAUAGAAAAACAGACAAAUAAAAGAACAAAAUUGGAUGGAAAAAUAUCUACAUAUCCUUACUCUGAUCAAAAAAAUGCAUUAUUUGAGCCUAAUAAAAAUAUACCAUCAUAUUGUAACGCUUUAACUGAAUCAAAUAUAUUUAUUUUUGAUAUAAUUGAUGAAAAAUGUUCAAAGAAAUUUAAUAUAGAAUCUAUAAAAUUAAUGAAAAGAGAAAAUAACCCAAAGUUUGUAGAAGUUGAUAAUUGCAAUAAUAAUAUACAUAGUGGUAAAAUACAGGAUUUAAAAGGAAAAGAAACUAAUAAUUUAAAUGAAAAAAAUAUGAACUUUUAUAAAAAUAUAUUUCCAUCGUCUGAACAAAAUGAUAGUGCAGCUGAGAUGAAUAAUUUUGUUGACAAUGAUGAUAAUAAAUAUAACGAAUAUGAAAAAAAACAUAUAAAAAUUAAAUUUGGAAAAAAUGUUACAAAAACCAAAAAGAUUACUGAUAUCGUUACAUUGAAAAAAUGUAAAGCUAAACAUAAAGAGGUUUUAACAAAUCUUAAUGAACACUCGAAAAAUAAAGACAAAAAAAAAAUUAAAAUCAUUUGUACUAACAAAGGUUAUGAAAAUGAUAAUAAUAAUACAAAAUUAAAGAAAGAUGAAAAUAGAAGCCAAGAAAUUAUUGUUAAAUCAAAGAAUGGAUGGUAUGCAAAUAUAACUAAUUUGCCUCAUGAUACAAGUUCAAGAACAAAGAAAAAAGAAAAAAAACGAACAAAAAAACAAAAUAGUAACAACAAUAAUAAUAUUAACAAGUAUGAAAAUAAUUUAAUUAUGUGUCAUUUAAAAAAAGAAGGGAAAACAAGAAGAAAUGAAAGUAACCCAUUAAAUAUAUCAAAAAAAAAUAAUAAAAAUAAAUCUAUAUCUUUGAAUGGAAAAAAGAGAGAUAUGAAAGGUAGUAUAGAUAAAAUAGAAUUAAAAGAAAAAAAUUUAACAAAUAAAUUUUCCGAGAAAUGUAUCGAUUCAUUAAUGGCUUAUAGAUGUAAUUUACUCAAAGAAGCACAAGAAGAGGAAAGUAAAAUUGCAACAAAACAUAUUUGCGAAUUUCGUCAUAGCAACAUAAAUUUUAAAGAUGAUAAAAAAAAUCAAAUAAAUAAAAUGUCUAUAUUAAAACUUUUAAUAAGCGAUAAAAAUAAAAAAGGUUAUAUACAAAUCGAAAAAGAAAACAAAAUAAUAAAAAAAUUAAAUACUAAUUCGUGUGUUAACAAAAGUAAGCAUAUUAAAAAGAAAAAAACAAAAAAUGGACGAAUAAACAAACAUAACUAUCAUUCAAUCAGAGCAAACACAAUUUUAAAAAGAAAAAGUAAAAUUAAAUCCUUAUUAGUAAAUAAAAAAAAAAACGGAUCAAAUAUAAAAAGUAUUAGUAUGGUAAUAAAUGGAAAAUUUGAUAAUUUUAUGAAUGAUAUUGGAUAUGUAAGUAAUUGUAAUAACAAUGGAAAAUCUCAAACAUUUGAAAACGUUGAAAAUAGUGAAAAAAAUAAAACCAAAACUUCAAAAAUAGUGCAACGAACUAAUUUAUGGGAAGAAAUCCAUAUGCCAAUUUGUGGAGAAAAUUAUAUUGAAGUUUUACCAAAUAAACAAAAAUAUUUAUUCUUAAGUGGUGAGAAAAAGGAAAUAAAAUAUAGUGUACAUACAAAAAAAUAUAUUAAAAAAAAAUAUGAUCAAAAAAAGUAUAAUCAAAAAAAAAAAUGGAACAUAAAGAUGAAAAUAUUGUACAAACGUUUCCUCUAUCAAACGAAAGACAACACUUUUUUAAAAAUAUCACAAAAAUUAAAUUCUCCAGAAAUUUUAACAAAAAAUAAUCUUAUUAUCUAUAAUUGUGAUGAUGAAAAAAAAAAGUACAUACAAAAUGGAGCAGAAACGAGCACAAAAAUUAACAACAAAAUAUUUGAAGAUCAAAAUUAUGUUAAAGACAAUUAUGUGCUAGCACCAGAUACACAAAAGGACACAAGUAUGAACAAAAAAAAAAAAAAAAAAAAAAAAAAAUUAACAUUGGACUAUAGAAAUGGCAAAGGGAAAAAUGAAAAUAUUACACAUGAAGUUAAAAAGAAAAUUAAAGAAAAAAAUGAUGAUAAAAAUAAAAAAAUAAAGUGUAAUAAUAUAGUAACAAGCCCCAAAAAUGAAACAAAAUUUACAAAAAAUAAAAUAUCCUUAAACAAAUUUAAUAAAACUAGCUAUAGUAGUGAAAAUGUAGUAAAUUUAGUAAAACCAUAUAAACGUGAUAUUCAAAGUGCAGAUAUUUAUAGUCAUAAAUAUGAAUCGGAUAAUCAAAGUAAAUUAAUAAAAAUAAAUGGACAACAAAAUGAAACAAAUAAAAUAAAGAAAUCUCAAAAUAUAAUUGAACCAAUCGAAAUAGGCACAAACAAUUUUAUUAAAACUGAUAAAAUAAGUUAUAAUGAAUUGAAUAAUAAUAUUAUUGAUUGUGAUGGUAAUGAUAUAAAUAAAAUAAAUCUAAACUUUUGUUUUGCAGAUUUCUUAUCAUCUGGUUUGAAACAAAAACUUAAACACAGUAAUAGUAGCACAAAUGUUAGUAGUAAUAGCGAUAAUAUGAACAAAUUAAAAUAUAAAUUUUCCCUGGAUUUAGAAAAAUAUGUGAUAAAUCAUCGUAUUAAUAAAAUUAGCUUAAAAAAAAAAUUAAAAAAUGUUGAAUCAAAGGAUUCAAAGUUUGUAGAAAAACAAUGCAAGGAUAGAGAAUCUGAAAAUAUAAAUGAGACAGAAUAUGUUAAAUUCAAUGAAUGUGAAAUAAUAAACAGGAAUAAUAAUAUUAAUUAUAAUAUUGAUAAAAUAAAUUUGGGUAAAAACGAAGAAAAAAAAGAAAAUGAUAAUUCCUUUAAAGUUGUAAAAGCUAUGGACAAGGAUAAAUUAUUUUGUUCCAGCCCAUUUUAUAGAAAUAAUAUUAUUAAUGAUAAAAAUGAAAUGAAAAAUAAAGUGUUUAUGAAAACGAUAAAUAUAAAAGAAAAAAUUUCAAAUAAAAUUCAAGAAAUAAAAAAUAAAAACACUAAUAUUUUUAGAGCAUUAUCUAUGAAUAACGUUUAUAAAACAAUUUUUUCAAAAGAUGCAACUUUUCCCACAUUUGAAAAUUAUAAUACUGCAAAAAAUAAGCAAAAAACAAAUUCUAAUUAUAUAAAUAUGAAUACCCGUAAAUGUAAUCCUUAUGAAUUAAUUAAAACAAAAAGUCUGGUUUAUAGAAAAAAUUAUAAUCAUUUUUCAAAUCAUGAACAGCCCACUACUAAGAUAAAUGACAAAUGUGUUAGUGGGUUUGGAUGUUCAGAAGUGAAAAACCCAAUGACAUUAAAAAUAUACCCCAUUAACAUAAAUGAAAAAAAUGAUCAAGAAAAGAAUGGAAAAGGUAGGAGUGAAAAUCUUCUUAAAAUUGAAGAUUUCUUAAACAAUUUUGACAAAAAAAAAAAUUCAAAAAAUGGUUAUAUACCGACUAAUGGAUAUAUAUAUAAUGAUAAUAAAAUAUUUUUCAAACGAUCAAAAAGUGCAUUAUUAUUCAAAAGAAAUAAUUCAAAAAAAUAUUAUGAAAAAAAAAAAAAUAUAUUGGAAAACUAUAAUAAAGGAACUCAAUAUGGAAAAAAUUGUAUGAACAAACAAAUAGACACAAACGUGAAAAAGAAUGAAAAAACAAUAAAAAAAUGUGUCUCUAUGGUAAAUGAAUGUUUUAUAAAAAAUAAUUUCCCAGUAAAUAAAAGUUUGAUAAAUAAUUCAACAAUAUAUAAAAAUAAUUUUUUGUCAACCCCUUGUUUUAUGUUUGAAAGUACUUUAAAAAAAAAUACAUCAUUUCCAAUAGAAAGGUAUUAG